CGCCUCGGCCCCGGGCUCGGAAGAGGCUCCAGGGGCGCCGUCUCGGACAGCGACGUCGUCUCCUAGGUCCCCGGCCCCAGUCCCCUGGAGACGCCAGGCUCGCCCGCGCGCAGCCAGGGAGCGCGAUGGGGGCCCCGUCCGCCCUGCCCCUGCCCCUGCCCCUGCUCCUGCUGGUCGCCUGCUCCUGGGCACCCGGCUGGGCCAACCUCGUCCAGGACGGCUACUGGCAGGAGCAGGAUUUGGAGCUGGGAACUCUGGCUCCACUGGACGAGGCCUUCAGCUCCACAGUCUGGAGCAGCCCUGACAUGCUGGCCAGUCAAGACAGCCAGCCCUGGACGUCUGAUGAGACCGUGGUGGCUGGCGGGACCGUGGUGCUCAAGUGCCAAGUGAAAGACCAUGAGGACUCAUCCCUGCAGUGGUCUAACCCUGCCCAGCAGACACUCUACUUUGGGGAGAAGAGAGCCCUUCGAGACAAUCGGAUUCAGCUGGUCAGCUCCACUCCCCACGAGCUCAGCAUCAGCAUCAGCAACGUGGCGCUGGCGGACGAGGGCGAGUACACCUGCUCCAUCUUCACGAUGCCCGUGCGGACGGCCAAGUCCCUCGUCACCGUGCUCGGAAUCCCACAGAAGCCCAUAAUCACUGGUUAUAAAUCAUCACUGCGGGAAAAAGAGACAGCUACUCUCAACUGUCAGUCUUCUGGGAGCAAGCCUGCCGCCCAGCUCACCUGGAGGAAGGGUGAACAGGAGCUCCAUGGAGAACAGACACGAGUACAAGAAGAUCCCAAUGGGAAAACAUUCACCGUGAGCAGCUCAGUGUCAUUCCAGGUGACCCGGGACGAUGACGGAGCGAACAUCGUGUGCUCUGUAAAUCACGAGUCUCUCAAGGGAGCUGACAGAUCCACCACACAGCGCAUUGAAGUCUUAUACACACCCACCGCGUUGAUCAGGCCAGAGCCUUCCCACCCUCGGGAGGGCCAGAAGCUGUUGCUCCACUGUGAAGGCCGUGGAAAUCCAGUCCCCCAGCAGUACCUGUGGGUGAAGGAGGGCAGCGAGCCACCCCUGAAGAUGACCCAGGAGAGCGCUCUCAUCUUCCCCUUCCUCAACAAAAGUGACAGUGGCACUUAUGGCUGCACAGCCAUCAGCAACAUGGGAAGCUACACAGCCUAUUUCACCCUCAAUGUCAAUGACCCCAGUCCAGUGCCCUCAUCCUCCAGCACCUAUCACGCCAUCAUCGGUGGGAUCGUAGCUUUCAUCGUCUUCCUCCUGCUCAUCCUGCUCAUCUUCCUUGGCCACUACCUGAUCCGGCACAAAGGAACCUACCUGACACAUGAGGCGAAGGGCUCCGACGAUGCCCCGGAUGCUGACACGGCUAUCAUCAACGCAGAAGGCGGGCAGUCAGGCGGGGAUGACAAGAAGGAGUAUUUCAUCUGAGGGCACUGGCCCUCAUCCUGUGCUCCCCCAGGGGCCCCAUGGGGACUGCUGGGGCUGCCACCAACCUGGACUUGUACAGAGCGACCCCAGGGCCGCCCCUCCCGCUUGCUCCCCAGCCCACCCAGCCCCCUGUACAGAAUGUCUGCUUU